AUGCAAGACUGGAAACAUGCAUCCACACCUAUGGAGAAAGGGUUGAAGCUGACAGCCAAAUCGAUUUCACUUGUUGUGAAUGAAUCAGCAUUCAGGCAACUAGUGGGUAGUCUCAUCUACCUUACUGCUACUAGACCCGGUCUCAGUUUUGCAGUGAACUACAUUUCACGCUUCUUGACAGCCCCCAAGGUUGAUCAUUGGGUAGCAGUGAAGCAUGUGCUGCGUUAUGUGAAGGACACUUCUCAUUUUGGUCUUAUGUACAGCAGAAGUCACAAUCCUAGACUCGUUGGUUUUACAGACUCAAAUUGGGCAAGUUUCGUUGAUGACAAAAAAUCAACAUCUGGGUAUGUUUUCAGUUUGGGAUCUAGUGCAAUCACAUGGACUAGCAAGAAGCAGCACGCAAUGGCUCUUUCAUCAACAAAAGCAGAGUAUCGAGGAACAGUUAAGAACUUGUGA